AUGCAGAGACUGCGCACAACCUUCAAGCGCUCUCGCACUCCUACACCCGCCGACAUGAAGACGCAAAGCAGCCUCGAAGUGCCCAAGCAGGUUCGGUCUGCCUCGUUCGAUGAGAUACAACUGGAAGCUGCGCGAGGUUCGGGACCAAGCACUUUACUCUCUGUGCCUCAACAUGGAGCCCGCAGUCGGUCUUUCGAUUCUGCCGGUUCCGACGACUCUGGCACUUAUCUGGAGGUACCUCGUCUUUGGUCAAGACGGAGAUCGGGAAAAGGCACACCACCACCAUGUGUACAUUGCCGUCAUAUGGAGACAUGGCUCGCUCGACAAAGCGAAGAACGGGUCACACCUGAACGACCAGCAGUCUCUUCUUCAGCAGAAGACGAUGAUGAGGAUGAUGAGAGUGAAAUAGACGCUCCACUGGUUUUAUUAACACCAGCCCCACCACUCAGUACUCUUUUACCGCCACCACCUCAGUCACCGCCGCCGUCACUGGGAGCACCGUCAUUCGAACUACAACCGCCAUGCGAUGAACCACUCAUCCAACCACAAAGACGGAGAUCAAUAUCAAGACAAGAGGCUUUCUUUGUCGAGCCAACGGGAAGUUCCCUAGAAAAUGUUCGCGCUUCAGAACAAGAUGCGAACGGCUCAGCGAGGGACAUCAUUGUUCACGAUAUAUAUUUAGCAGUUCCUGAAUUAAAGCGUGAUCGUGCCGCGUCUGUCGAUUCCUCUUUCUCUAAAGUGUCAGGUGGUGCGAGAGCUGAAGAAAUUAGUGGUGCCGGUGAUUCGUUAACAGUGCCUGGAACUGGGCUACGUUCAAGAUCUGUAGACAUCGUAUUACCAACUGCUGAACAAUGUCGGUAUAAGGCACUUUCGUUGACGGCAUCACAAACGCCACUGCAACAUCAAGGUCCUGCAGAAGCCAUUCCAACUGCCCUACAGUCUCUCGACGAAAGGUUAGUGGUAUUAAAAUAA